GAAAACAAACUCGUCGGCACUGGCUGUUGUGACUUCAAAAACGGCGACAACUACCUCACUAGCUUACUUCACACACCACCACAAAAACCAGCGCUUUUUUGUUUAAAAGUCUUUUUUUUUAACAUAGAACAAUGUAUCGUCCUAGCACCGGCAUUGAUUUAAACGACUUUCCAGCGUUGGGCACGCCGGCAUCCAGUAAUCGAGGAACACCCACGGGCUCUCUUCCACCGCAACCACCGUCUUCAUCCUUGUUGCCGUCGAAUCGAUUCGCGAAUUACCCAUCCACACCGUCAAAUUCAAAUCACGUUCAAGACGCCUUCUUGGGCACUGGUGCUGGUGCUGCUGGUGCCAGCAACAAUGUAUCAGACUUUGGUACUGUCACCAGCUCAUCCCCGCUCGGUUCUUAUCAACCUGUACAUAGCGGCGGUGCAGCAGCUUUCGCCGGUCAUGCGAACGAUCAUCAGUUAGCAACAGCUCGAGGCCUUGCACCAAGAACGUUCUCAAUGGAUGAUUUCCCUGCAUUGCGAAGUUCAGCAACAACAGCAGGAGGUGCUGCUGCACCACCAUUUGGCAGUGAUUUGGCCAAUUCAGCUAUAAACUCCAAAGCCGAGCCAUGGGACUAUGCCGGUGCACGAGAAACGAUGCCGAAUAAUCUAAACAGCAGUAAGCAAUAUGGUGCAGCGGCAGCGGCAGCCGGUGUAAAAGGUGACAUGCUGGCAUCAUCUCAAUGGUUACAAGCGCGUGGCGAAUCUGCAGCACCACCACAAUCGCACGUACCACCAAGUUCACGGAAGCCAGUGGGGUCAACACCAUUAGGCAGAGAUCAAGAAGGAACGCCAAAAGGCACAUCAGCAAGCAGUGACGGCAAGGCAGCGGAUUCCUACGGUCUAUUAGGGCUUUUAGGAGUAAUAAGGAUGACGGAUCCUGACCGGAGCAUGCUUGCACUUGGAAGCGAUUUGACGACCCUUGGCCUGGAUCUGAACACGGCUGAUUCCAUAUAUUCCACAUUCAUCUCACCAUGGUCAGAUACGCAAACACCACCGGGUCUGAACGUCGAGCCAGGCUAUUAUCUGCCGCCAUGUUAUCGAACGGUACAAGCAACGCCUCCUGCCCAUCAGCGUAUGCGGACGUUUUCGGACGAAAUCCUGUUUUACGUAUUUUACUCGAUGCCAAAGGAUGUCGCUCAGGAAGCAGCAGCUCAGGAGCUCUACGCACGGAAUUGGCGAUACCACAAGGAAUACGGUAUGUGGCUGACAAAGGAAGCAGACGAGAACGGUCGACCUGUUCAGGGCUUCCGACGGACGUCACCAAGUCCAGUAGAUCGAGGAGUAUACGUAAUCUUUGAUCCUACGACGUGGCAAAAGGUUAAGCAGGAAUGGACUCUGCCGUGGGAUGCACUUGAAGAUCGACAGCAGCAGCAGCCUCAACAGCAACCGCCACAACAACAACAACAACAACAGCAGCAACAAGCACCUUCUCAAGGCUCUUCAUCACAGCCAUCACGGCCGCAGCAGCAGCAGCAGCCACAGCAGCCUGGGAUGAACAUGGCAAAUCCACCAGCGGGCAUUUCUCCAGGUCUUGCAAGCAGAGGUGUAAUGAUAUAGAAAAAGACCUGUGUUGUUUGUUCACUCUGUUUGCCUGUCUCUUUGUUCUUUUUCUCUCCCCUUUUAACUCUACUCUUCACCCCCACAAACGCACACGCCUUUUUUUACGUCUCAUACUUCUCCCUCCCCACCAUGCGCAUUAUCCUCCCUUCUUUUAAUUGAUGAGUUAGUCUAAAAAAAAAGAGAAUGGAUACAUCGUUUUUCUAGUUGCGUUUUCACUUACUGCUACAAAGAAACGUUGGCUGAACACAAGGGUUGUCAAAUUCUUUCUCGCAUAGUUCAUGGCAACGUAUCAAAUCUGCAGAUAGUAG